AGCUGAAAAAAUCCAGCAGGGUCCGGCUCUGUGGAGGACUGGGAGUGGGUGUACCGUGUAAUCGGGCUGGUCCCAGACAUUGAGCUCAUGAAUAAUGCAGAUGCCAAACUUUCUGCGCCGCCCUAACUGAGAGUUUUGGGUAACUUUGGGAUAGUCCGAGAACAGCCUCCGCCGCCGGAAAGUACACAGAGCUUCAAGAUCUGGAGGAUAGGUAUGUAGAAGGGAGAGGGGACACUUCCCCCCAUUUCUUCCAAAGCAUCGCUUUUUGUUCAUCCUUUAAGAAAGCUGAGAGAUGAGAAACUUCUGCUCCUGGCCUCUCCAUGCAUAACCACCCAAGGAAAGAGGGAAUCGUCGGUCAGGCCCGGAACCGAACGCUGCGCUACCCUCUGGAAGUCCCAGCGUUCUAAAUCAGAACACUCAGCAAGCCUCCAACGUUCUAAAUCAGAACGCUCACCCCUCCGGAUCCUGAACUCGAGUCUCAGGCCUGCUUUGGAAUUCGGAGUAGCGAGACUAAGUCCUCCCUCCCGUGACAGCCGCUACUGGAGAACCGUUUCCCUUCUAUUUAAAGGAGCUUUUUUCUUAGGGGGAAUUGCAGCAAAUCUCCGAAGUUGCUGCGGGAGGGAGAGAAAAGAAAAAAAGUUGCAUAACUUUCCGUCGGGGGCCUGACUUAGACGUGCCCCAUGUACUCUUCAAGAUCCUGCGAGAUAAAGUUUUGGGACGGAGGAUUUUCCGCUUGAGCCGCCGGGGCCUUUGGAGAGGAGGAGGAGGGGCAGGGAAAGGGCGUUCGGAGAAGUUUCGCUUUGGGGUUUGAAGAGUUCUUGAUUUGCCGCUGGCCGGCUCCGUCUCUCAGAGAAGGACUGUCGUGUAUGUUUUGACUCUAACUACUAAAUAAUUAUUUUGUGGGACGGUGUUUGGAAAUCGGCAAGGCUGAAAACCCUGGCCUGCCCGCUUUGAUUCGCUCCUUGAGUCUUGACUCCCUUCCCCCCACCGGCCCAAAGUCUGAAAGGACUUCUUGCAAUCAAGUUUUGUGCUGCAAGGUGGAGAAAAUGAACCCUGCUGGCGUCCCUCCCCCACCGGGACAGCAAGUGAUCCAUGUCACCCAGGAUCUGGACACUGAUCUCGAGGCUCUCUUCAACUCAGUCAUGAACCCCAAGCCCAGCUCGUGGAGGAAGAAGAUCCUGCCCGAAUCCUUUUUCAAGGAGCCCGACUCGGGAUCUCACUCCCGACAAUCCAGCACCGACUCGGGCAGCCACCCGACCCGCCUCAGCAACGCAGCCGUCGGGGUCCACCACGUCCGCUCGCACUCUUCGCCCGCCUCCUUGCAGUUGGGUGCCGGGACUGGAGCCACCCCGAGCCAGGCUCAGCAGCAUGCCCACCUCCGCCAGCAAUCCUACGAUGUGACGGAUGAGCUGCCGCUCCCUCCCGGCUGGGAGAUGGCGCUCACUCACACGGGCCAGAGAUAUUUCCUCAACCAUAUAGAGAAAAUUACAACGUGGCAAGAUCCUCGAAAGACCAUGACCCAGCCAUUGAAUCACAUGAGCCAUCAUCCUUCAGCCACCUCUACCCCAGUAUCACAGCGGUCAAUGGCGAUGUCGCAACCCAACCUUGUAAUGAAUCACCAGCACCAGCCACCAAUGACACCCAGUACAGCUAUAUCCCAGCAGAGCCACCCUACCCCAAAUCCUCAAGCUGGCCUACUGAACAUGCCAAACGCUUUGACUUCCCAGCAGCAGCAGCAACAGAAGCUGAGGCUUCAGAGGAUCCAGAUGGAAAGAGAGAGGAUUCGCAUGCGCCAAGAGGAACUCAUGCGUCAGGAAGCUGAUUUGUACAGACAACUUCCCAUGGAGUCUGAGAACAUGGCUCCAGUUCAGACUGCUGUGAGCACACCUAACAUGACACAAGACAUGAGAUCUAUUACAAAUAAUGGGUCGGAUCCCUUCCUGAACAGUGGGCCAUACCAUUCCAGGGAGCAGAGCACAGACAGUGGCCUAGGCUUAGGAUGUUACAGCAUACCAACUACACCUGAAGACUUCCUCAGCAAUGUAGAUGAGAUGGACACAGGAGAUAAUGUAGCACAGACUCCCCUGAAUAUCAACCCACAACAGUCGCGUUUCCCCGACUUCCUUGACUGUCUUCCAGGAACAAAUGUUGACCUUGGGACAUUGGAGUCUGAAGACCUGAUCCCCAUCCUCAAUGAUGUGGAAUCAGUCCUCAACAAAAAUGAGCCCUUUCUCACUUGGCUGUAACUGAUAACACAACUUUUCCUUUCCUUCUAGAAACAAAAGGCAGUGCAUCCUCAAGUCCCUCAGCUAGCCAACCUGAUGCCUUACUGACUUCUGCCAAACCCAUUUUAUGUCAAUGAAUCUUGGUUUAGAUUUCACUGGCAAUAACUUAAGUAUGAAAUAUAUACAAAUAUAAAUAUAUAUAUAUAUUAAAAGUAGAACUACUUAUAUGCAUCUAUAACCUUUCCUUUUUAGUUACAUAGAAAUGUUUUGAGGACAUGAGAGGCUCUCUCUCUUUUUGUGCCCCAUGUCUGAACUUGCAUUGGUUACAUGCAGCAAGUUUAAUGAACUGAAAGAAAGCUGAACAGAAGAAGCUUUAGACUGCAGAAGGCAGCUUACUUCCAAAAAUCCCUACACAUAAUCACAUUGAGUGCAGUUCUACAGCUGUAUUUAUGACAAUUGCAUCCAACACUUGUUAUCUAUAUAACCUGAGCUUUAAAAAUUAUUGAAUUUUUAAAGUAAGCUUGUGCUAUAUGGAAUACAGAAUCUUUUUUAAAGAAAAUAUCCCAAAUCAGCCGCAGGGCUCAGGAUCCUUUUUAAAACAUUGCAAAGACACAAAGAAUACUAUUUGCAUUUCCCCCCAGUAUAUUAUUAUAUGGUUUGUAGGUGAAAUGUUUUGAUUACACUUUUUUACACUACUACAAUAUUGUAAAAUAGACCAGGUUGGUACUAAUUGCUGCCGUUUAUAUAUAAAACAACAAAUGUGAUUACAAACCUAUCAGGGUUUUUUUUAAAGAAGUACACUUUAUAUGUAGCUGUUUAAUAUACACUACAGUUUUACAAUAGAACAUUGUAACUUUUCUUGGAACUUUUAGUUUAUCAAAUAGAAACAAAAUACAUGCUCAACAAAAGAUGUUUCCGAAAUUCAGGAUGAUAAUAUGGCACAAGUCUGACACUUUUGAAUGCAGUAAAAAUUAAUUUUGUAAAGCCUCAUUAUCACCUUUUUAUUUUUAGUAAUUACUUAUUUUGUGAAUGAAACUUUACAAGCUAGAAACAGAAGUUUCACUUCAUUAGAUAGGUGAUAAGCCAACAUCUCUUUGUCAGUCUGGCAAAGACGCUGAGGAUUCUUAUCCAACUGCUUUUUACUUUUGACAUAUGGGACACAAGGCACUAUAUUUGUUGUACUCCAUACCUAUCUCAUAUAAAGGGUUUUUUAAAUAGCUGAAAUGUGGGACUGAGAAUGCAUCAAGGACUUCAAUCCCUACUUCCCCUGAAAUGCAAAUGACGUCCUGAGAUUCUUAAGUAUUUUUAACUGAAAUUAUUUAUAAUUAUGAAUUUUAAGCUUUUUUAUAUUAAAAAAAGUCAUUUUUUAUAGAAGGCAUUAUAAUUAGUACAAGCCUCUUAAUACACAAUAUGCAGGGCAAGCAAGAGGCAUAGCACUUUGCUGUGCAUUAGUAUGAAUAGAAAGAAAUCAUUACUAUAGCACCGUCUUUGCCAACCUGAUGCCCUCCAGAUGUUUAGGACUACAACUCCCAUUUGUUGACUUCAAUCCCCAUGUGUUGGCUGGGGCUGAUGGGACUUGUAGUCCAAAACACCUGGAGGGCCCUGGGUUGGCGAGGGCUGCUGUGGCAGAAUGCUGGACGGUAGAUGGGUUCCCCCUCCCUCUUUUCAGACUAGUUGAGAAAAAGGCAAGUGAAACGGGUGGGAGGUUGAAGUCAUUGGAAUAUGGGGCUUGGGAGGAGAGGGGUCAUGAGGGAAAAUAUAGAUAGUAAUGUUGGAGGGUUAGAAGGACAGAUCAGGGGAACUGACUAUAUGGAGAACCACCACUGAUCAAAUAAAUACCUGUGAAUACACUACCUUAUGGGAGAAUUGUUGCUUAAUGGUAGCUGAUCUGACCAUACCAGGUUAGUUAGUUGUUGUUUUUUAAAAAAACUUUUUAAAAUGUGGGUGAUGAAAGAUCAAUAGCAAUGAAGUUCAAUAUUUUACUCAGAAAAGACUGUUCUUUUGUUUUAUAUAGGCCAGGCAUUGGUGGGAAGACAGUAGAAAUGUAGGUAGCUGUGGGUUUAGUUCCUCUUAACAGAUUAUUGCACCCACCUAGUAUAUUUUCAGUCCAUGGGCAUUUUCCUCCCUCUUGUUUUAAUGGUCUUGGCUCACUUUAACAUAUAGAAUUAAUCAUUAAGAAAGCAGAAAGCUUGUCUUCAAGCAGUGCUCUUGCAUUUCCCCAUUACUUACAGAUAUCGACCAUAAAAUGAAAAGCAGGCAAUCCUAAGAGAUUUACACUUUUACUUAUGUCAACGGCCUUUUCCCUCUGCUUGGAAAACAGACAAAAUUUUAGGGCCAGAUCCAAAUCUGUUUGUCAUUGUUCUCCAAUUAGGGGUUUUGUGCUUCUUUACAAGAUGCAAAAACAAUUGUAUGAUUCUCUGCUUCAAGAUCGGGUCACAUUUGGAUGAUCAGUUUAAUAAGCUGGGAUAUGAAUGAGCCUUGUGCACCCACACGCAUACUGGGCUCAUUAAAUCAACAACUGGCUUUAAUGAACAGGACUGACAUACUGCAAGGGAGGAUCUGACCCAAUGCUUUCACAUUUGAAGGGCCAGUUUGAAUAUUUCAUUGCCUGUAGGAGAAGGGGAAAGGAUUUUAUGUGCUGACUUGUACAUCCAAGACACUCACCAACAAUUCUUUUCAAAUGGAACAAGCUAUGGAAAUCCCCCCUCUGCUCUUUCCCAGAAAGCGGUCCUCAUGUUCAGCAUAAAUCAGAAUUGCAUCCAUGUAAGGUGGGAGUCAGCUUAGGAAAGGAACUCGCUGGCAGGAGAGGAAAUCCUGGGCCAGGGGUUGCUACAGCAAGGGAAGAGUAUCGCUUUGGGUCAAUGACACCAUCCCCAAAAUUAGCUGGGAGACACCUUUCAGGUAAGCUGUGCCACUUCUAGAGUUCUACAAGUUCAUUUAGAACCAGUAUAUCAUACAUGUGAACUAGAAGGUGCGCACCAUGUAUGCAUCCCUUUGACCUAGCAGACCUACCUCCAUAGAUGUCAAUGGGGAUGUUAACUUUUAUUGGAGCACCUCUGAACAGAGGACAAUAAAAGUGGAAAAAGUGGGAGAAAGUAAUGGUGGUCAUUCUUUGCUCAUAGUACCAUGCAUCUUGGUGGAAGUAGCUUAAAGUGAACAGGGGUACAUUUUGAUUAGGAAGGCAUGCUGGGUUUAAGUUUGCACUUCUAAGCCCGCUUACUUGGAAGGAAGUCCUGUGGAACUCAGUGGGACUUACCUCUGGUUAGGCAUGCAUCGGAUAGCAAUGUAAAAUAAGGAGUAUCUCCACUGGAGAGUUUAGAGCGGCCUUUUCCAACCUUGCGGCUGUCAGAUGUUUGCUCUGAUCAUCCCUGACCAUUGGUCAAGCUGCCUGGGGCUGAUGGGGGUUGGAGUCCAACAACAGCUGGAGGGCACCAAAGGUUGAAGUCUGCUUUAGAGCUAUACUGUGAUAGAGAAUCAGGCCUAAAGAAGGGGGCUUUUACAAGCUCUGGUUUCCUAUGACUGUAAUUAAAAAGGCAGAGUGUGUUAUGUUCUAAAGAAAGCUGCAAAUAAAUCCUUAACUACUAUUGUAAAACAACUGCCAGAAGCUUUUUUUAAAAAAUAAGUAAUGAACCAAAUGAUAGUGAAGAUUAGGGAUUUUUGUUGUAAUAUUCACAGAAAAGUGUGUGUGUUGUAGGGGAGGAGAGAGAACAAGGGCUUUCAUUAUUUAAUGAAGCCCUCUUUUCAAUUUUUUUAUCUUUAAAAAAGUCUUGGAUAUGGAAACACAAGCAGAGUUAUUUCUAAUUUAAUGUUAAUUAUUUGCCAAAAUGUUGACCUAUGAUUUUUGUUUCGUGAAACUGGUUUUUGUGUUUUUUUUACGCUACACUACUUGUAUCAACAGUGAAAAAAUAUGCUAGUGGCACAGAGAGGCUGUCAAUCAAAGAUGAUGUAAAUGCUGAUUUUUAUGCAAGCUGUGAGGCACUGCUUACUUGUAAUCUGGGAAUGCUAUUAAAGCAGUGGUUUUCAAACGGAGUUCAAGGGAAGCCUGGGAUUCUUUGGAAGUCUAUCAGUAGCUCCCCAAUGAGAACAUAAAUACUGGCGGAUAAGUUUUUGUGAGAGAAAGAAUGUCUGCCACUUUAUAUGGAGAGCCAGUGUGGAGUCACACACUCUCAGCCUAACCUACCUCUCAGGGUUGUUGUGAGGAAAGCUCCUUGGAAGAAAGGUGGGACAGAACUGUAGUAAAAAAAUUAAUAAAUCAUUUCCCUCCCUGUAGCAAAGGAGUAUUGGAUGUGUUCUAGGGUUCAUUCUCAGAUCAUGUUAGGUAGCAAUGAGGUCCAGCAGGCCUAGUCAAUGCCCUGUGUUAACUGAGAGUACACUCUAGAAUGUUCCCACAAAUCCUCUGUGGCAGUUAGUGGUUCCUUAACAUAUUUGCAAGGGUCCCUCAGCCAGUGUGGAAAGGGUUUCCUGAAGGCAGAUGUUUGAAAAGCUAUGUAUUAGAAGUUAUUAUUGGAAACGAAGGCUUCAUGAAAACAAUUUUUUUUAAGGGUUGGGGGGGGAUUUAAUAUCUAUUUUCAUUAAGGGAAAUGGGUGAUGAAAUGUGUUUCUGUUUUCUUAAUACACUACAUCCAUGUUAUGUGCUAAUACUUUAAUACUUUUUUAUUUACAUCAGUUUGUUAUGCUAUAUGCCAUCUUGUGUGAGCAUUUGUUUUCAAUGUAGAAUAAUUUGCAUACGUAGUGUAUGCUUCAAAAUCAAUCAGAUCAAACGGUUAUAUCCAGAGUUUGGUUCUGUUUUUUAAAAAAAUAUUCUUUUAAUAUUGUACAAGAAAAAAAUAAA